AUGUCUUCCUCGAACCACACUACAGUGACGGGAUUCAUUCUUUUGGGACUCACGGACGACCCAGUACUAGAGAAGAUCCUGUUUGGGGUGUUUCUGGUGAUCUAUCUAGUCACGCUGGCAGGGAAUCUGUGCAUGAUUGUGCUGAUCGGGACCAAUUCCCACCUGCAAACUCCCAUGUACUUCUUCCUUAGCCACCUCUCCUUUGUAGACAUUUGCUAUUCCUCCAAUAUCACUCCAAACAUGCUGUACAAUUUCCUCUCAGACCAGAAGACCAUCUCCUAUGCUGGAUGCUUCACGCAGUGUCUUCUCUUCAUUGCCCUGGUGAUCACUGAGUUUUACAUCCUUGCUUCAAUGGCAUUGGAUCGCUAUGUAGCCAUCUGUAGCCCUCUACAUUACAGUACCAGAAUGUCCAAGAACAUUUGCAUCUCCCUAGUGGUGAUCUCUUAUACUUGUGGUUACCUUAAUGGACUCUCCCAGACACUGUUGACUUUUCACUUGUCCUUCUGUGACUCCCUUGAAAUCAACCACUUCUACUGUGCAGAUCCUCCUCUUAUCCUGUUGGCCUGCUCUGACACCCAUGUCAAAAAGAUGGCGAUGCUUGUAGUAGCCGGCUUGACUCUGUCAAGCUCUCUCUUCAUCAUUGUGCUAUCCUACCUUUUCAUUAUUGUAGCCAUCUUGAGGAUCCGUUCUGCUGAAGGCAGGCACAAAGCCUUUUCUACUUGUGCUUCCCACUUGACAAUAGUCACCUUAUUUUAUGGCACCCUCUUCUGCAUGUACUUAAGGAGUCCAUCUGAAAAGUCUGUAGAGGAGUCCAAAAUAAUUGCUGUCUUUUAUACAUUUUUAAGCCCAAUGUUGAACCCAUUGAUUUAUAGUCUAAGGAACAAGGAUGUGAUCCAUGCUAUGCAGCAAAUGAUUAAGGGAAAUCUCUUUCAUACAAUUGAAAUUUGGGUCUCUGUUAAUUUGAAAUGA